UUUUGCAGUGUUACAAGUAAUGCAGAAAUAAGUUCAUCAUAAGUAUGCCUUUUAUGUCUCUGAGAUAUUUCUUCAGGCUAGAGUCCUAGAGGACAAACUCAGAAAAUGAAUCUUUUUCAAGCAAUAACAAGUGCCUUGGACAACUCCUUAGCCAAAGACCCUACUGCAGUAAUAUUCGGUGAAGAUGUUGCCUUUGGCGGAGUCUUCAGAUGCACUGUUGGCUUGCGAGACAAAUAUGGAAAAGAUAGAGUUUUUAAUACUCCAUUGUGUGAACAAGGAAUUGUUGGAUUUGGAAUCGGAAUUGCAGUCACUGGUGCUACUGCCAUUGCUGAGAUUCAGUUUGCAGAUUAUAUUUUCCCUGCUUUCGAUCAAAUCGUCAAUGAAGCUGCCAAGUAUCGCUACCGCUCCGGGGACCUUUUUAACUGCGGAAGCCUCACGAUCAGGUCCCCGUGGGGCUGCGUUGGUCACGGGGCUCUCUAUCAUUCUCAGUGUCCCGAAGCUUUCUUCGCGCAUUGCCCCGGGAUCAAGGUGGUGAUACCCAGAAGCCCUUUCCAGGCCAAGGGCCUACUUCUGUCCUGCAUAGAGGAUAAAAAUCCUUGUAUAUUUUUUGAACCAAAAAUACUUUACAGGGCAGCAGUGGAGCAGGUUCCUGUAGAACCAUACAAUAUUCCACUGUCCCAGGCUGAAGUCAUACAGGAAGGCAGUGAUAUCACUCUGGUUGCCUGGGGCACUCAGGUUCACGUGAUCCGGGAAGUAGCUUCUAUGGCAAGAGAAAAGCUUGGAGUGUCCUGUGAAGUCAUCGACCUAAGGACUAUAAUACCCUGGGAUGUGGAUACAGUUUGCAAGUCUGUGAUCAAAACGGGACGACUCUUAAUCAGUCACGAGGCUCCCUUGACAGGUGGUUUUGCAUCUGAGAUCAGCUCCACAGUUCAGGAAGAGUGUUUCUUGAACCUCGAAGCUCCUAUAUCCAGAGUGUGUGGUUACGACACACCAUUUCCUCACAUUUUUGAGCCAUUUUACAUCCCAGACAAAUGGAAAUGCUACGAUGCCCUUCGAAAAAUGAUCAACUAUUGACCACGUAGAAAAAUGGGAAGAUUAUGAGUAGAUGCGGGAAUAUUUUUCUGGAUUUUUUUAUAUUUGCUCAGAUUUACCUCUUGAAAAAUAGUUUUUAUGAAAUGAACUAUCAUGGAUAUUGACUGAAAAGCUCUAAACUAAUUGUUAUAUUAAGAGAAAUGAAUUGAUUCCCAUGAAGAGUCUUUCAGAUUACUCUUUUAAAAUGUUCCACAUGGUGAUCUUAUAAAUUCUGUUUAAUUAUAUCUGUUAAUAUCAGGUGUGUACUAUAUUCAAUAAAGCAAAGUCAAAUUGUC